CAUCAACAAAACCUCUCUCUUUCACUUUCUCUCUAAAAACCAGAAAGCAAAAAAAAAAUGGAGGUUUCAACGAGAAAGCCUUAUUUCAUCGAAGAAGAAGAAGAUGAUAAUUUAGCUUCUUCUUUAACAGAAAUGGAAGCUGGGUUUUCUGGUAAUAACAACAAUAACCAUGGAAACCCCCAAAACGGCGUCGUUUCAAGCCGUUUCUCUUACGUUAGAUUAAACAGUCUCAGGAACACUUGUAAUAAUUAUUACAAUCAGUACGCUGUUUCGUCUCCGAGAUCUGUUGUGUCUGGAAGAUUUCAUGAUUUCAGAUUCGAUAAUCAACAACCUCAUUUCUUGGAUUCGUGUUUCCUCUGUAAGAAACCUCUUGGUGAUAACAGAGACAUCUUUAUGUACAGAGGAGAUACACCGUUUUGCAGUGAAGAGUGUAGACAAGAACAGAUAGAGAGAGAUGAAGCAAAAGAGAAGAAACAGAAUCUGUCUUAUUCUGUGAAAUCAGCUAUGAGGAGGAAAGAACAAUCUUCUCCAACUAGAUCUCGUGAUUUUGCUUUUCACAAUGGAACUGUUGCUGCUGCUUAAUUAUAUAAAUCCAGACUUUGGUA